GAUUAUUAUCAGUUUCAAAAUCAGGAUGCCAAUUUUACUGGGUAUUUUGUUCAAGGAAUUUGACAGUAAAUGAGACAUUUUGAUCAUUUCUAUAGGUCGAGUCUUUAAUACUUCUGAUUUUUGUGUACAUGUGGCUUAAUGUAUGUGGCAGCUUAGUCAGCUUUCGUGUUUUUCCAGAUAUUUUAAUGAGAUGUCUGCACAGGGACUUAGACCUCGCACUGUAUCCAGUCCUAUUCCUUACACGCCAUCUCCAAGUUCCAGCAGGCCUAUAUCUCCUGGGCUAUCAUAUGCAAGCCACAGUGUUGGUUUCACUCCACCUACUACUUUGACUCGUGCUGGAAUGUCCUAUUACACAUCACCUGGUCUUCAUGUACAGCAUAUGGGAACUUCACAUGGUAUUGCGAGGCCUUCCCCGAGAAGAAGCAACAGCCCUGACAAAUUCAAACGCCCGACACCUCCGCCCUCCCCAAACACACAGACAGUGGUUCAGCUGCCGCCACCGCCACCUCCUCCAGUCCAGCCAGCACUUCAGUGUGCAACUUCUCAACCAGCUCAUCCCCAGCCUUCAGCAUAUCCUCCUGCUCCUCCUCCACCAUAAAGCGCACGUGCUGUGAAGCAGCGGCACCCAGAGUGGACUGAUGACCUAAAGCAGUUUACUGAAGCCAAAGGCUUAACUGGCAUCUUUUGGAUUUGACUUAUUUGCACUGAGAUUAUAUAGGCUUCACCGCUAACUGUGUUGUAAAUGUUUGUCUGGAGGGCAGCCGGUGUUGUUUGUCCACAACACUAAUUUUACUGCAUUUUGUCAGUGUUGACUGGAACCUCAUGCACAACCUUCAUCUUGUUGCUUCAAAUAUCUGCCACAUCCAUUUGGUGAUAACAGUACAUGAUUGAAUGUCCUGAUGGUUCCAAAGCUUCAUUCCACAGAUUCGUAAAACAAAACACACGCACACACUUACACAAGAAGACCUUUCGAUGAUUUUCAUUACAAAUUUUGCAGUAAUUGCAAGCAUGAUGUGUCUUGUUUUCUAGGCUGUGUUUAUGCUUCAGUGUUAAUGCUUUUGUGUCUUGUUGGGUUUUGCCAAGCAUUUACAGAAUUAGCACUACAUUUUGGAACAAAGUGGUAACGGAGUUUUAGGGGAAAUAUUCAGACUUGUCAAACACCAUCACUAAAACUAAUGUCUACAGGUGGUAUGAUUUGUAUCCAAAUAAAUAGCAUAUAAGCUUAAUACAGAUUCAGUAUUGAAUUUCUGCCAUGUGCUGUGACUGCUUUUAUUUCCCAGCAAAACCAGUUUUGGCAAAUCAGUACCAUUUUGGCAAGGAUCAUUUCUGAGUUUAAUUAACAAAUUUAUUAUGGAUUUGGCUUGUGGCAACAGGAAAUAUCAGUAACAUUUCAUAUUUCAAUCCAGCAAUCAACAUUUUUUGAUGUAAUCUGUAAACUUAGGUUUUAAUGUCUGUGGGCUUUGUAGAUGGUCAAUAAUUUAGGCAAGCGAACUGGCGUGUGUUGUGCUGAUUUUGAGCGAAUGUUGCCUGCUGUAAAAUAUCUGCUUUUGAUGACUAGAAAUCAUCAGCUGAAAUAUUGGUGAAUCCUGCAAAUUCAAGUACCAUGUUGAAAGAACAAAUAGUUUUUAUUUGCUGCCAAAUCGGUUUUUAUUAGGGUUUGAAGAUGUGACUGAAAAAACAAGUAACUGUGUUUUGAACAGAUGCAUUGUGGUGUAAUCUGCUAACUGAGAUGGAAUCCUUUCCAGUUACCUAGAUAUAAUGCAAUUGUAGCCAAAUAAUUCUGUACUGCUUGGUAGUUAAGGGACAGGCUGCGGAGAGGGCAAGUUCUUGGCUGUAAUGAAAGCUUCAAUAAUACAAACUGGUACACUGUAUAAAAGGGAGCAACCGCAACUAUAAUUUUCCGUUCAUCCAACAAAAAUAAAUUGUUUGGUUUGACUUUGCAGCAGCAUCAAAAA